AGUUUCUAUUGAACAAGUCUCCGAGCAUAAUCGUACCGACUUUACGUGUAAGCACUAAUCAUGUCUGAUAUUACGUAUUCGAGUGUGGAUAACGAAGUAUCCGACAUUCUGAAUAAGCGUUUUGUUACCAGCUUUCGAAAUGGAUACAUUAAAGCUAACGAUGUCGUGUUGCCUGUGUACUUCAAGAAGUUUGGACAGCGUAUACAGGACAUGGAAAUCAGGGAUGAUGACGUUUGGGUUUGCAGCUAUCCAAAAACAGGAACCACGUGGUGUCAGGAGAUGACGUGGUGCAUUGCAAACGAUUUGGAUUUCGAAGGUGCCAAACAAUUUUUGCCAGAAAGAUUCCCAUUUUUAGAUCACACACCAUUAUUUGACUAUGAAAAAGUGCUGCCGGAAAAACCAGACCUCAAGCUACCGUUGUAUGUAUCUGAUUCGAUCACGUACAUAAAUGAAUUAAAAUCUCCGAGAUUUAUCAAGACUCAUUUACCUUAUAAACUCCUGCCAAAAAAACUUAGAGAUCAAAGUACCAAAGCAAAAAUCGUGUAUGUGGCCAGAAACCCAAAAGACACUUGCCUAUCAUAUUUUCACCAUUGUUGUUUGUUAGAAGGAUAUACUGGCAAUUUUGAAGAUUUUUGUAAAUUGUUUACCUCUGAUUCCCUUUGUUUCAGCCCAUUUUUCGAUCACAUUCUUGGCUACUGGAACCGAAAAGAUGAUUCGCAAGUCCUUUUUUUGAAGUAUGAAGACAUGAAACAGGAUCUACGUACAGUAAUUCGUCAAACAGCACAGUUUUUAGGUAAAGAUUUGGCUGACGACCAGGUGUUGGUUUUGGAAGACCACCUAAGUUUCGAAAGCAUGAAAAACAACAGAGCUGUCAAUUAUGAGCCAGUUAUUGAGAUUAAUAAAACCCACAAUUUAAUUGACGCUAAUGGUACUUUUAUGAGAAGUGGUACAGUGGGAGGAGGAAAACAAAAAAUGUCACCAGAGUUUAUAAACAUUUUUGACGAAUGGGAAGAAAAAUGCUUAGGGAAAAGUGGAUUAAAGUUUUCACUAAACAUGGCUGGUAUUACAUAUUCGAGUGUUGACAACGAAGUAUCCGACAUUCUAAAUAAGAGCUUUGAUAACACUUUCCGAAACGGAUAUAUUAAAGCUAACGAUGUUGUGUUGUCUGCAUCCUUCAAGAAGUUUGGACAGUGCAUACUAGACAUGGAAAUCAGGGACGAUGACGUUUGGGUAUGCAGCUUUCCAAAAACAGGAACCACGUGGUGUCAGGAGAUGACAUGGUGCAUUGCAAAUGAUGUGGACUUAGAAGGUGCUAAACAAUCUUUGGCAGAAAGAUUUCCAUUUUUCGAGCACACAGCACAAGUUGACUAUGAAAAAGUGCUGCAGGAAAAACCAAAUCUUAAUCUACCGUUGUAUGUGUCUGAUUCGUUCAAGUUCAUAAAUGAAUUAAAAUCUCCGAGGUUUAUCAAAACUCAUUUACCUUACAAGCUCCUGCCAAAACAACUUAGAGAUCAAAGUACCAAAGCAAAAAUCGUGUACGUAGCUAGAAACCCAAAAGACACAUGCCUUUCAUAUUUCCACCAUUGUUGUUUGUUAGAUGGAUAUAAUGGCAGCUUCAAUGAUUUUUGUAAAUUGUUUACCUCUGAUUCCCUCCUCUUCAGCCCUUUUUUCGAUCAUAUUCUUAGCUACUGGGAACGAAGAAACGAUUCGCAAGUCCUUUUUUUGAAGUACGAAGACAUGAAACAGGACCUUCGUUCAGUUAUUUUUCAAACUGCUCAGUUUUUAGGUAAAGAAUUGACUGACGACCAGGUGUUAGUUUUGGAAGACCAUUUAAGUUUCAAAAGCAUGAAAAAUAAUAGAGCUGUUAAUUUUGAGCCAGUUAUUGAGUUUUAUAAAACCAUCAAUUAUUUAGUUGACACUAAAGGCAGUUUUAUUAGGAGUGGUAUAGUGGGAGAAGCAAAACAAAAAAUGUCACCAGAGUUUAUAAAAGUUUUUGACGAAUGGGAGGAGAAAUGUUUAGAUCUCAGUGUGAUGCCCAUAAAAGCAACUAUAUCAUCGCAUGUUUUUUGUUUCUGUUGAACAAGUCUCCAAGAAGCAUCACCGUACCGACUUACGAGUAAGCACUAAACAUGGCUGAAAUCACGUAUUCAAAUGUUGACAACGAAAUAU